CCGCGCAUGCGCCGGGGCCGAGCGGGCCGGGGGCGCGCGUUCUGCGAGCUGGAUGUCCGGGCUCAGGGCACUGCUGGGGCUGGGACUGCUGGUUGCCGGCUCGCGUCUGCCGCGAAUCGGAAGCCAGGCCGGCGCCUCCCGCUUAAGACCCACCUGGUGGGGACCGCAGCGACUGAACUUAGGUGGCCGCUGCUACUCGGAGGUCAUGGCGAGCACAGCGGUGAAGUACCUGAGCCAGGAGGAGGCCCAGGCCGUGGACGAGGAGCUAUUUAACGAGUACCAGUUCAGCGUGGACCAACUUAUGGAGCUGGCUGGGCUGAGCUGCGCCACAGCCAUUGCCAAGGCAUAUCCCCCUACGUCCAUGUCCAGGAGCCCUCCUACUGUCCUGGUCAUCUGUGGCCCAGGGAAUAACGGAGGAGAUGGCCUGGUCUGCGCUCGACACCUCAAACUCUUUGGCUACCAGCCAACCAUCUAUUACCCCAAAAGGCCUAACAAACCACUCUUCACUGCAUUGGUGACCCAGUGUCAGAAAAUGGACAUCCCUUUCCUUGGUGAAAUGCCCCCAGAGCCCAUGAUGAUAGACGAGCUGUAUGAGCUGGUGGUAGAUGCCAUCUUCGGCUUCAGCUUUAAAGGCGAUGUUCGAGAGCCAUUCCACAGCAUCCUGAGUGUCCUGAAGGGACUCACUGUGCCCAUUGCUAGCAUCGACAUUCCCUCAGGAUGGGAUGUGGAGAAGGGAAACUCUGGAGGGAUCCAGCCAGACUUGCUCAUCUCCCUGACAGCACCCAAAAAGUCUGCAACCCAGUUUACUGGUCGCUACCAUUACUUGGGGGGCCGUUUUGUGCCACCUGCUCUGGAAAAGAAGUACCAGCUGAACCUGCCAAUCUACCCUGACACCGAGUGUGUCUAUCGUCUGCAGUGAGGGAAGACUUGGAGCAGCAUCUCAUCCGUCAGACUGUUGCGGGGAGAUAAGGAGUUACAAACAAACCUGAUGGAAAAGCUUGACCUCUCUUCCCUCUAAAACAGCCCUCAACACUCUAGUUCUUGUUCAGGACCUGGCACUUUUUGAGGUGCGAGGGAUUAGUAAAACUCAGUUCUACCCCAUAAGAAGCCCACAGUCAAGCAUUAGACUUAGUCCUUUCUCUUGAGAUCUGAAGGCAUCUCCCACAUGCUCCUGUAUUAAAAUGAAGUCUCACAUCUUUGGGGGCUUGGGCCUCUGGUUGUUGACAUCAGUGCAGCUCUCCAUGUCUUUGUCUGGCUUCUCUCCAUCUGAAGUCAGGGUGGCCGUCUAGAAGGAGGGAUCAUGGGGUGGACAAGACCCACUCAACACGACUGCCAACCCCGUUCCUUUGUGGAAGCCCCUAAAAAUUCAUAGCCCUAGGCAGAGUUUCUCAGCCCCCAACACUGUUCCUUGCAAAGCCACAGAGAGGUGUACCAUCCUGCAUACUUCAACUUGGACAGGAGGUGAGCUAUAGCUGCUGGGAGGUGGAGCAGCUUUGGCCUCUGGCUCACUCCUGGCUUGUGGGCAGAACAAGAAGGAAGUGCUCUGGGUCAUCAGAGCUUCACAGCAGGACAAGGGCCAGUAAAUGACAAAAUAAAGAUGCCCCUCUC